ACUAUAAAUAACACCAGAGCAGCGUCCUCUGUGCAUGACAAGACACUAGGUCCUCAGAGAGGGAGGAAUCUGAGCCAGCCAAGAGGAGUAAACCCUCAGGAAGAAGGAACAGAGUCAGGAAGAAAGAACAUCUAAAAGAAGGUAGUUGUACGAAAGCAGGAAAGAAAGGAGCUGUGUCUUUGAACCUAGAAGAGCUCUAUUCACUGUUAAUAUCACUGGCAAGUGGCAUCCCAGUGAUGGAUGUGAUCUUUGGCAGAAACAAGAAAGAACAGUUGGAACCUGUGAGGGCAAAAGUGACAGGCAGGAUUCCACCAUGGUUUCAGGGAACUUUGCUUCGCAAUGGACCUGGGAUGCACACAGUGGGUGAGGCUAGCUACAACCACUGGUUUGAUGGCCUGGCCCUGCUCCACAGCUUCACGAUUAAAGAUGGUGAAGUCUAUUACAGGAGCAAAUACCUGAGAAGUGAUACCUACAACUCAAAUAUUGAGGCAAACAGGAUUGUGGUGUCAGAGUUUGGAACAAUGGCAUAUCCAGACCCCUGCAAAAACAUAUUUUCCAAAGCUUUCACCUACUUGUCCUACAUUAUCCCUGAUUUCACAGACAACUGCCUGAUUAAUAUCAUGAAGUGUGGUGAAGACUUCUAUGCCACCACCGAGACCAAUUACAUCAGGAAAAUCAAUCCAUACACUCUGGAGACCCUGGAGAAGGUCGAUUAUCGUAAGUAUGUAGCUAUAAACAUGGCUACAGCUCAUCCUCAUUAUGACAAAGCUGGAAAUAUUCUUAACAUGGGCACAUCUAUUGUGGAAAAGGGGAAGACAAAAUACGUGAUAUUUAAGAUUCCUGCUUCUGUGCCAGAGGACAAGAAGGAGAAGAGCUCCUGGAAGCACACAGAGGUGCUAUGCUCCAUCACUUCCCGCUCCCUCCUCUCCCCAAGCUAUUACCACAGCUUUGGACUCACAGAAAACUACAUCGUUUUUCUUGAGCAGCCAUUCAAGUUGGAUAUUCUCAAGUUGGCCACAGCAUACAUGCGAGGAGUGAGCUGGGCUUCCUGCCUGACCUUCCACAAGGAAGAUAAGACUUAUAUUCAUAUUGUUGACCGGAGGACUGGAAAGUCCUUGCCGACCAAGUUUUACACAGACCCCAUGGUGGUCUUUCAUCACGUCAAUGCCUAUGAGGAGAGUGGCUGCAUCCUGUUCGAUGUCAUUGCCUAUGAAGACAACAACCUCUACCAGCUCUUCUACUUGGCCAACCUGAACAAGGAGUUUGAAGAGAAUGCCAAACUCACCACAAUCCCUACUUUCAAGAGGUUUGCUGUGCCCCUACACCUUGACAAGAAUGCAGAAAUGGGCUCGAAUUUAGUCACACUGGCAUCUACAACAGCAAAAGCACUGAAGGGAAAAGAUGACCAUGUCUACUGCCAUCCAGAAUUGUUUGAUGAAGGCUUAGAGUUGCCUCGGAUCAAUUAUGAAUACAAUGGAAAGCAUUACCGAUAUGUUUUUGCUAUUGAAGUUCAGAUGAGUCCCAUCCCAAACAAGAUACUAAAAUAUGACCUUCUCACAAAAUCAUCCUUGAACUGGAGGGAAGAGCACUGCUGGCCAUCAGAACCUGUGUUUGUGCCCACUCCUGGUGCUAAGGAAGAGGAUGACGGUAAGAUUGGGAAGAACAGACGUCAAUGGCUCUACUUGUGA